AUGGGAGUUUAUUCUGGAAUUGGGCCAUGUUUCUUAUCUACAGCCUUCGCUGAAUCACCUGAGCCACCAAGUAUUUUUGGGUGGUUUGGACUCACGACACUCCGCUUGCAAAGUGUCGAAACAAUCAGAAAAGGUUCCAUUGAGCUAAUGGUCAAGAAAUAUCCGAAUGGAAAAGCGAGCGGUUAUUUCCAUUCUCUUAUUCCAGGUGAUACGGUUACUUUCGCUGCCGUGCUGAAGGGGUUCUCUUGGACCGCAAACCAAUUUUUACAAGUUCAUUUAAUUGCAGGCGGCGCGGGGAUUACGCCUAUUUAUCAACUUAUUCAGGGAAUUCUUCGCGAUCCCAAUGACCAGACGAAAAUUAAUCUGAUCUUCGGCGUCAGUACGGAGCAGGACCUUCUUCUUAAAGACGAGCUUGAAGGUGAUCCUGAGGGAGAUAGUUUUCUAUCUUAUAAGGGAUAUAUUACAGAAGAAUUGCUACGCAAGGCUCUUCAUGGCUCUGAAAAGAAUAGUAAGAUCUUUAUAUAUAGACCCGAAGGACUGGAGAAUUCUUUGAUGGAUUCUCGCAAGGCACCUGGUAUUCUUGAAUGA